CAUGGUCUGAAUAGAAUACCCUGAGAACGAAAAUAAUUCCCUGAGAACAAGGCUUGACUUUAAACAGUUGCGCAGAACCGUUGCUUUUACAGAACUUGCGGAGCUCAGGUUGAGGGACAAUCUAUACUGAAUAUUGCUACUUGCGAUACUGGAGCAAAAUGAAACGAAAUCACAAUUACAGCUGUUCAUCUGAUAGCGAACUUGAUGACAAUAUAGAAGUGGAGAAGGACAGUGGUGACGAAAAUGGGUAUGUUGAAAAUGCAGUUAUGAAGAAUAGGAAAAAAAAUGUUUUAUGAGAAAAUAAUUGUAUUUGUCAUUCUGAUAAAGGCCUAAUGUGUAUUUUUUUGUAGGCUAAUCUAAACCACGCAUCUCUCUCUACCCAGUCUCUUGGGAAAAGGGCUAUGCGUGACAGUAGCCUAUCGUCACCAAUUUGUUAUUGAAACUAAAUGAAAAUUACUUUGAUUAUUUCAGAAACCUUGACUCUCCCCAUGACUUGAUGUCACCCCCGACAACCACUCAAACUCAAGCCAAAAAACGACGCAGAGGAGUGAGUAUUACAUUUCUCUUGCGUAAUUAAGCACCGAAUAUCGCCAUUGUUGAGGUUCCCCAUCACAUUGAUAUGCUCUCGGAGACCCCGAAAUCAUAUUAUACCUCCCUCUCAUCCUCAGAUUAUUGAGAAACGGCGACGUGACCGAAUCAACAACAGCCUGACUGAUCUCAGAAGACUUGUGCCAAGUGCGUUUGAGAAGCAGGUAGGCUACAGUAAAAUUGUAUAUACUGUACAGACCAAUUGGAUUCAGAGUAUAUUAAUCUCAAUAGUCAACUUCCGCCUUUUCUACAUCUUUGGUGAAGACUGUGUUAUUUUACAAGUAACACAAUCUAAUCGAAUUCUUGGCUUUUGUCACAGGGAUCUUCAAAAUUGGAAAAAGCUGAAAUUUUGCAAAUUACUGUGGAUCAUUUGAAGAUGCUACAUGCUGCCAGCGGACAAGGUGAGUCAAUACCAGAACAAUACAAAUAUUUGAUUUAUGAUGACAGCCUGUAAAAAAUAUGUUGUGAUAGGAAAACUUCUAGGAAAACUUCUGCAUAUUUGUAGGGAACUAGGCAUAUCCUCCAAGCUCCAAUACAGAAUUAGAACCAAGUAUCUCCAUGUCCUCUUGUUCCUCUAGUUCUGUAGCCCUCUGUAUACUCCUAUGUUUUGUAGUUGCUGUUGCUGACCCUCUGCCUCCCUCUCCUGGUAGGGUAUUUUGAAGCCCAUGCCCUGGCCAAGGACUACCGAAGCCUGGGCUUCAGGGAGUGCCUGUCAGAGACGGCCCGCUAUCUAAGCAUCAUGGAGGGCUGGAACAGUGUCGACCCACUCCGCGUACGCCUGGUCUCCCACCUCAACAACUACGCCUCUCAGAGAGACAUCCACACUGGAUUGACUGGACACCCUGGACAACUAGCCUGGGGCUCCGCUUUGAGGACACCCUCCGCCCACCUGCCACACCCCCUCCUCUUACCAAUCCCCCAGGGACGGACACUAGCCCCCCACAGUACCAGCAGCCUCCUCCUCCAUGUCAUCCCCCUGUUCUACUGAUGCCCCAGUGACCUCCGGACUCGGUGUGACGGCCCCCUCAGAGCCUCCCAGGGUGCCCCCCAAUGACACUCUACCUCUGGGGCUGGCCCUGCCCGUCUCAGCCUCCAAGCUCUCCCCACCACCACCCUUCCUCUCCUCCCUCUCCUCCCUGUCAGCCUUCUCCUUCAGUACUUUUCCCCUGGUGUCCCCAGCAGCCCUCAACCCAGCAGGCCCCUCCACAGCCCUGAGAAAUCAGCCUUACAGGCCCUGGGGGACAGAGGUCGGGGCCUUCUGA